GUUAACUGUUUAACUUUAUCAGAGUUUCAGGUAUAUCCAAAACACUGAAAGCACCUGCAUAGUGAAUCAAUGAAAAAAGAAAAGUUUUCCUCAUUUUGCAUUUUGAACUCUGAAUAAUAUUUCUAUCUACACAGCAGCCCAGAAAACAAUAAAAGUAUCACUUCAUAUAACAUUGCAUCGUUCCUGGAUUCUCUACAGUUGUUUAGCUCUCCUCAAGUAAGCAUAUGCUUCUGAGACAUUCUUUUACUUCAGGUAAAUAUAAGCAAAACAAAGAAAAAUCAUUUUGUCUAUUUCUGCAUCAGUUCUAUAAGGAGCAAGUAAAUUCUUUAUUGUCGUUUAGGUUGGAUGUUGUCAUAUAAGGAUAGACGGUAGUGUUCUACAUGUUCAAGAUGGGCAAUAGGAAUUCAAUGGCCAUGAGGUGUCAUGGAUCAAGGUCAGGUUUAGUGAAUCAGGUACUCUUCAGUAACAGGUGGUUCAUAAAACGCAUUGAAGCUUAAAGUUGCUGUGAGUUCAGCAAGCAGGAGGAUUGAGAAGACAGGCAGAUGGUUUAAAACUAAAGGUCAGUAAGUGGGCAAGACUAGUUAAAGGAGGCAGGUACUCCCCAAAGAUGGAAUUCCAGAAAAGUGCUUGAAAAGGACUGAAUCCUUAAAGCCUGCUGCUGUUAGUAUGUAGAGUUCUUGAGGAAAUAAGCAGUUGACAUAACUACUAAUCAGUCUACUAAGAAACUAUAAGAAGAUGAAGGAAGUUGGAACAUCUUGCUGGAAAAAGAGUGAGGGAGUAAAUGAGGGUAAGUUUCUGACUGGCAUCUUGUGAAUUCAGAACUUGCAGAAAAGCUAUUCUGUUUCCUUUUUGUUUAGGUUCUCAUGCACUAGCAGCAGCUAGAGUAGAUAUUGGGAGGCAGGGCCAAAGUAGAUCAGUUUUGCUAGAUUAUUGAGGAUCUAGAGAAAAGUAAUUUGUAAAAACUCUGAAAUCAUCUGCAGCUCCAUGUUUUUGUUUGAACUAAAUAACUUAGGACUUUGAGAAGUCAAAGCCGUCAGAAAGUAACAUGAAGUCCAUUCAACUGAAUAAAUGUCAUAUUUUGCUAUUAGCAUAGAAAAGAAUCUUUAAAACUUCUUUUCCAAAAAGCACUCAGUAUUGACCCAUAUGUUCCAAUGUAGUUGUGAACCAUGUACAACUGAUGUUUGACUUACUUGACUCAACAUGAAAGGAAUUUAACCAGCUGCCCUUGCUGAAUCUUGUCUCCUGAAUAUGCCUUCACAGUUGUUGAUCACAUAGCAUGGUCAUCCACUCACAGCUUAAAAAAAUACAGGGAGCAUCGGAGAGAAUGGGUUCAAUGUAUCUAUGCCUGCCUACCUCAAUCUGCAAGGGAGUGUCAGAAAGGCCCCGCAUUCGCCAAGCCGAGAUACUACUCGUCAACGAAUCAAAUUCAGUGAUGACAGAGUAUGCAAGAGUCACCUUCUCAACUGUUGUCCUCAUGAUGUCCUUUCUGGAACUAGAAUGGAUCUUGGAGAAUGUCUGAAAGUCCAUGACCUGGCUUUAAGAGCAGAUUAUGAAAUUGCAUCCAAAGAACAAGAUUUUUUCUUUGAACUUGACGCCAUGGAUCAUCUGCAGUCAUUCAUUGCAGAUUGUGAUCGUAGAACAGAAGUGGCCAAGAAAAGAUUAGCAGAAACUCAAGAAGAGAUUAGUGCUGAAGUAGCAGCAAAGGCAGAACGUGUUCAUGAGUUAAAUGAAGAAAUUGGUAAAUUGUUAGCCAAGGUGGAACAACUAGGAGCUGAAGGGAAUGUGGAAGAAUCCCAGAAAGUAAUGGAUGAAGUAGAGAAAGCACGGGCAAAGAAAAGAGAAGCAGAGGAAGUUUAUCGGAAUUCUAUGCCAGCUUCCAGUUUUCAACAGCAGAAACUUCGAGUCUGUGAAGUCUGCUCUGCCUAUUUAGGACUUCAUGAUAAUGACAGACGACUGGCUGAUCAUUUUGGGGGUAAACUACACCUGGGAUUUAUUGAAAUAAGAGAGAAGCUUGAAGAAUUAAAGAGAGUCGUAGCUGAGAAGCAGGAGAAAAGAAACCAGGAACGGCUGAAACGAAGAGAAGAAAGAGAGAGAGAAGAAAGGGAGAAGCUGAGGAGGUCCCGAUCACACAGCAAGAAUCCGAAAAGAUCCAGGUCCAGAGAGCAUCGCAGACAUCGAUCUCGCUCCAUGUCACGUGAACGCAAGAGGAGAACUCGAUCCAAAUCUCGGGAGAAACGCCAUCGCCACAGGUCCCGCUCCAGCAGCCGUAGCCGCAGCCGUAGCCACCAGAGAAGUCGGCACAGUUCUAGAGAUAGGAGCAGAGAACGAUCCAAGAGGAGAUCCUCAAAAGAAAGAUUGAGAGACCAAGACUUAGCAUCAUGUGACAGAGACAGGAGUUCAAGAGACAGAUCACCUCGUGACAGAGAUCGGAAAGAUAAGAAGCGGUCCUAUGAGAGUGCUAAUGGCAGAUCAGAAGACAGGAGGAGCUCUGAAGAGCGCGAAGCAGGGGAGAUCUAACUAGCUGUGUAUAUUUCUUCAAUCCUUAAGCUUCCUAUGGAGUUACAUACUAUUGUUUAGUUCACAGCUGUUCAGGGUGACAGUGAGCAGAUCCAGACACCAGAUCCAGCUAGGCUAGAUAUACAGUAUCUAACUUUAUCUGAACUGAACCUGUUUUCCUUGAUGAUGCCUAAAACUACAUCCAUAGUUUCUGGUGAACCUGUAAUACAGUUCUGAAAGUACAGUUUUAUAUAAUAAGAUGCUGAUCUCUUUAUUCUUUCAAGUAAGAGUGAUAGUGAACAAAUUGUGUUACUUGCCUUGGGAUUUUUUGAACGUUUGUAAAAUGCUGUCUUCCUAGUCCAAACAGCUGCAGCUUUGGGCAUUUUUCUUUUUAAUUCUUCUUCCUCUGACUUUGUAUCCCUUAAUACCUACACUCUCCAAUUGUAAGAGAAAGGGGGCAGGGAAGCAAUAUAGCUUCCAUUCUAAGGCUGUAUUCCUGUCAUGAAUUACCAGCUGAUUACAGUUCAGAGCAUUGAUCCUGGAAUGUGUGCCGGAGAAAUUUAAAAUACUGGGGUUUGUUUAAUGGUGCCUAUUUAGAGUUGGAAGUUGAACAGCUGUUGCAUUACAUACUUUUGCUUUUUUAUUGAAAUUUUGAAAUCAAACUUGUCUUGAUUUUUCUGUUCUGUUGAAUUGCUAUGUUCAGGAUGUUCUUGGGGGGUGGGGGCAGGGACUCUUUUCGUAAUAAGCACUUGUUUUAUUUUGUGUGUGUGGAGUAUAAAGGCUACACCCUUAUUGUAAAAAAUAAUAAUAAAAUGAAAGAAACAAUCACCACCACCAUUAUUAAACUGUAACUUGUCUAGUAAAUUGUCACUAGAACUAUUUGCUGUGGGCAUUUCCUCUAUUCUGUUACGUCAUUAACAGUGCCUUACUGUGCAAGGCACCAAAGGACAUAAAUAUGUACUUGCAAAGAUUCCAGAUGAGCUGUUCACGUGAGCCCCUUGCUGACUAUAUUCCAGCCACUUCAGGGUUGUUUGUAAUGACCAUUAGAGAGAAGGACUGGACCUGCAGAAGAAACCGGGGUGUUUUUAUUCUCAUUCAACAAACCCAAAUAAAAACAGUAUAUGUAACCAA